AUGACGUCUAGCGAUCUUUCCGAUCAGUCAAAGGAUUUCCGCAACUCAAAAGCGAUAGCGGAAAAUAUCUACAAAGAGUUCUUCUCACAAGGAGAUCUUGAGAAGCAAAUGGGUGCUAGUCCUAUGGAGAUGAUGGAUCGCGACCGUGCUGCAGUGCCCAAGAUUCAGCUCGACUUCAUGGAUACUGUAGCUUUGCCUGUCUUUGAGUGCGUGUUCACUUUCAACCGGAUGGUGGCAAAAUUAGUGCCGGAAGGGACUUCCACCUUUGAAGCAAUCACGCUGAAUCGGCAAUGUUGGGCUGCCCUUGAUGAGAUUCUAGUCGAACAAGGUGAACGGUCAGUACUCGGCCUAGAUUAUCUCAGAGAUGACGAUCUUGAAAAACAAGUUUUGGAGCGAGUACGUCAAAAGAAGAAGAAGAAGCAGCACAAGGUAUGUCGUUUGGUUUUUGAACUCUUAAUAUAA